CGCCGCCGCCACUACUGCUGCCAGCAGAGCUGCUGGGAGUGAGCCUCCCUUCUCCCAGAUACCCAGCUCCGUGGCAUCUCCCGCUCCUUGGCCCCGCACGGACCUCUCCGCCCUAGGGAACAAAAGCAGAGUCCGGACGCCCUGUUCUGCAACCAUAGGAUGAUGAGUCUAGAGGGCUGAGCUGGAAGUGUGGUCCUCAGCGGCUGGAAGCUGCUCCCUGCCUCUUCUCCAUGAUUCCUGACUUGUGGGCUUGGCAGUCUCAGAAGAGCUUCACUGAAUUCCCUUCCAUCCAGAUCCUGGGGACUCACCUCCCCUAGCAUCGCCCCUGAGCAGCCUGGACACACUGACUGGACCAGUUGUUAGGAUACUUUAUUCAACACGACAUGGUGGCGAACCGGAACUCUAAGUCUUCAUGAUUGAAGGAUUCUUUUGCACAACAAAAGCACGCCGAAAGAGUGAAUGACAUGCACGGCGCGGGGUGUCCUUUCUGAAGGGAGGAGCCUUUCUCUUGGAGAGGAUCCUCGAUGAGCCUGGCCAAGGCCCGGGGUCUGUGUGAAGAGGACUAAGGAUUAAGUAGGAUGUCAACUGAGACAGAACUUCAAGCAGCUGUGAAAACCAGCGCCAAGAAAGACUCCAGGAAGAAAGGUCAGGAUCGCAGCGAAGCCACUUUGAUAAAGAGGUUUAAAGGUGAAGGGGUCCGGUACAAAGCCAAGCUGAUUGGGAUUGAUGAAGUUUCCGCAGCCCGGGGAGACAAGUUGUGUCAGGAUUCCAUGAUGAAGCUCAAGGGUGUUGUUGCUGGCGCUCGUUCCAAAGGAGAACACAAACAGAAAAUCUUUUUAACCAUCUCCUUUGGAGGCAUCAAAAUCUUUGAUGAGAAGACGGGGGCCCUUCAGCAUCACCAUGCUGUUCAUGAAAUUUCCUACAUUGCAAAGGACAUCACAGAUCACCGGGCUUUUGGAUACGUUUGUGGGAAGGAAGGGAAUCACAGAUUUGUGGCCAUCAAAACAGCCCAGGCAGCUGAACCUGUUAUUCUGGACUUGAGAGAUCUCUUUCAACUCAUUUAUGAACUGAAGCAAAGAGAAGAGUUGGAAAAAAAGGCACAAAAGGAUAAGCAGUGUGAGCAAGCUGUGUACCAGACAAUUUUGGAAGAGGAUGUUGAAGAUCCCGUGUACCAGUACAUUGUGUUUGAGGCCGGACAUGAGCCAAUCCGUGAUCCUGAAACAGAAGAAAACAUUUACCAGGUUCCCACCAGCCAAAAGAAGGAAGGUGUUUAUGAUGUGCCAAAAAGUCAACCUGUAAGUAAUAGCCAGCCGCUGGAGGAUUUUGAAGAGCGUUUUGCUGCAGCCACGCCGAACAGAAGUCUGUCAGAGGACUUUGAUGAGCUUCUUGAGGCAACCAAGGCUGUGACCCAAUUAGAACUUUUUGGAGACAUGUCCACCCCUCCUGAUAUAACCUCUCCCCCUACUCCUGCAACCCCAGGUGAUGCCUUCCUCCCGUCGUCAUCCCAGACGCUUCCGGGGAGUGCAGACGUGUUUGGCUCUGUGUCUUUUGGCACUGCUGCUGUACCCUCAGGUUAUGUCGCUAUGGGCGCCGUCCUCCCAUCCUUCUGGGGCCAGCAGCCCCUCGUUCAACAGCAGAUUGCCAUGGGUGCUCAGCCGCCCGUUGCUCAGGUGAUGCCAGGAGCUCAACCCAUUGCGUGGGGCCAGCCAGGCCUCUUUCCUACCACCCAGCAACCCUGGCCGACUGUGGCCGGGCAGUUCCCGCCAGCCGCCUUCAUGCCCACACAAACUGUUAUGCCUUUACCAGCUGCCAUGUUCCAAGGUCCCCUCGCCCCCCUUGCAACGGUCCCAGGCACGAAUGACUCUGCCAGGUCAAGUCCACAGAGUGACAAGCCCAGGCAGAAAAUGGGGAAGGAAAUGUUUAAGGAUUUCCAGAUGGUCCAGCCUCCACCCGUGCCCUCCCGGAAGCCUGACCAGCCCUCCCUGACCUGUACCUCAGAGGCCUUCUCCAGUUACUUCAACAAAGUCGGGGUGGCACAAGACACAGACGACUGUGAUGACUUUGACAUCUCCCAACUGAAUUUGACCCCUGUGACUUCCACCACGCCGUCCACCAACUCACCUCCAACCCCAGCCCCUAGGCAGAGCUCUCCCUCUAAAUCAUCAGCGUCCCACGCCAGUGAUCCGACCGCAGAUGACAUCUUUGAAGAAGGCUUUGAAAGUCCCAGCAAGAGUGAAGAACAAGAGGCUCCUGAUGGAUCACAGGCGUCCUCCACCAGUGAUCCAUUUGGGGAGCCCAGUGGUGAUCCCAGUGGUGAUAAUAUAAGUCCACAAGACGGUAGCUAGAUAGCGCAGGUCUGGGAGCCAGAGCCUCUCUAUGCACAGAUCAACAGACCUAAGAAAUAGCAUCAAUGCGAGCUCGUGGUGGGUGCUUCGAGACUGGCAUGGGAAUCAGCAGUGCCACCGGCUCUCUUGUGCUCUCACCUCACCUCAUCCCACAGAGAAACUCACAGUCGCCCCGUGAAAACUGUCUGAAGAGAGAACAGAGUGGUUUUUGGCAACCAUCAGCAGAUACCUAUGGCAGCACAAAAAAAAAAA